GUUGGCAUCACUGGCAUGGUGGGCAACUUCCUGGUCAUCUAUGCGUUUUGCAGAAGUAAGAGUCUGCGGAGUCCGUCCAAUACUUUCAUUAUAAAUCUGGCCAUCAGUGAUUUCCUCAUGUCGAUUACACAGGCUCCAGUCUUCUUUGCCACAAGUUUACACAAACGCUGGAUUUUUGGCGAGAAAGCCUGUGAGCUAUAUGCUUUCUGUGGUGCCCUCUUUGGAAUCUCCUCGAUGAUCACGCUGGUUGUAAUUGCGGCCGACAGAUAUUUUGUGAUCACUCGGCCCCUGGCCUCCAUCGGGAUGCUGUCUAAGAAGCGAGCUGUCUUCAUCUUGCUGGGAGUCUGGCUGUAUUCGCUGACCUGGAGCCUCCCUCCUUUCUUUGGGUGGAGUGCCUAUGUGCCUGAAGGAUUGAUGACCUCCUGUACCUGGGACUACACAACAUUCACCUCAUCUGUCCGGGCUUACACCAUGCUUCUCUUCUGCUUUGUCUUCUUCAUUCCUUUGGGAAUCAUCAUCUACUGUUAUGUCUUCAUCUUCCGGGCCAUUCUGUCCACCAACAGGGAUGUACAGAAAAUUGGAGGAAACACCAACAAGGAAUCCCGGAGACGAUUUCAGAGGAUAUCGAAUGAGUGGAAAAUGGCCAAAAUUGCUUUGAUAGUCAUCCUGCUUUACAUCAUCUCCUGGUCCCCAUAUUCCACAGUGGCCCUCACUGCUUUUGCUGGGUAUGCUAAUAUCCUGACACCUUACAUGAACUCUGUUCCAGCUGUGAUUGCUAAGGCUUCGGCCAUUUACAAUCCAAUCGUCUACGCUAUCACUCAUCCCAAGUACAGAGCAGCAAUUGGGAAGUACAUUCCUUUCCUCAGAUGUUUACUUCGACUGUCUCAUAAGGAUUACAAGUUAGCGAGCAGUUACUUUUCCACCAGGCAAUCCACCAUGACCAGCCAAAUCUCGAACUCAAGUUAUAAUCGCCGGCCCAAGAGUCGCAUGUCUGUUUCAGAUAGUGAGUCGGGCUGGACUGACAACAAGGUUGAUACUUCCAGUAUAAACUCCAGACCUGUCAGCAGAGCAGUUUCCUGUGAGUUCAGCAAAGACACAAUCGAGCAAAGUGACACCAAAGAGAAACCAAAGUUGAAAAGUAAUGACCCGGGCAUCUUCGAGAAGACAUCAUCCGACAUGACCAAUAUCUCAAUGGUUGAAGUGAGUCCUAGAGGUGAUGGGAGAGUCUCUCCAAAGGUGGCCGGAAAUCUGGAUGGUGUUGGACCAAGGAAAGUAGAUGUUGCAUUGAUGAAGGCAGCCCAGAUCCCCAGCAUCGUAAUUACUCAUACCAGCAGCCCUGGCAGCAGCCAGUCUUCAGAAGCCAGUUUCAAUCCCAUGCAGCCCAAAUCCAUAUGGUCACCAGAUAAUAUCUGCAUCAUCCCUCUCCUUAGAGAGGACAAAGACAAAAUACUUAUUCAGAACCCAGCCCACAUCUUCAGCAGCACAGCACAAGUUACCACAUACAUCUCUGAUCGGCUCUACCUUUUCCUUAGUUAUUCUCUUGCUCUUGAAGUAUCGAUUACCAGGGGGCUCUAG